GACCGAACGAAACCUAGGAUUAAUUGUAUCUGUAGCCGACAAUCUAACUCCGCCCCGUGUCCACAAAGGGCAAAUAUAAAAACACAAAAGAUUUUCCCCACAUAGUACAAAUUACUCCCUGAACUCCCUUUCUUCUCUUCUUCCCAACACAGAAAAGAAAUGAAGUAAAUGAAAACAACCAUCUAUCUUCUUUUGUGAAGAAGAAGAUGACAUUUUUAUUAGAUUCUUUAUAUUGCAAAGAUGAAACUAUUGAAGUGUUAGAAGUAAAAAAACACAACUCAAUCUCUUUGUUAAAAAAUCAAGAUUUGAUAUGUGAAGAAGAACAAGUGGAGUUAACUUCUUUAUUGUCAAAAGAACAAGAAAAUCAUAUGUAUAAUGUUGUAAUAAACAACCCAUGUUUGUCUUUAUGUAGAAAAGAAGGUGUUGAGUUGAUUCUUGAAGGUGUUGGUUAUCAUGGUUUUUGUGUUCAAACUGCUGUUGUUGCUGUUAACUAUUUGGAUAGGUUUCUUGUAAGGUUUGAGUUACAAAGUGAAAAGCAGCCGUGGAUGAUUCAUCUUGUUGCUGUGACUUGUCUUUCUUUAGCUGCAAAAGUUGAGGAGACUCAAGUUCCUUUACUUCUGGAUCUCCAAGUGGAGGAAUCAAAAUACUUGUUUGAGCCAAAAACAAUUCAGAGAAUGGAGCUAUUGGUACUUUCUACACUCAAGUGGAAGAUGAAUCCAGUAACGCCAUUUUCAUUUCUUGAUUACUUUUCCAGAAGGUUCGGAUUAGACGAUCACAUUUGUUGUGAACUUCUUAGGAGAUCUGAGAGGGUGCUUACAUCCACACUUACUGAUCGGAGAUUUAUGUGUUAUCGUCCUUCUGCUAUGGCUGCUGCUACAAUGUUACAUGUUAUUGAUAUGUUAGAGCCUUGCAUUGGAGAAGAGUACCACGAACAACUUUUGAGCAUUCUUGGAAUAGUCAAGGACAAUGUGACAGAUUGUUAUAAGCUAGUCCAGGAGGCGGCUUCCAACAUCGAUUUCAACUCAAACAAACGCAAAAUUGCUGCAUCGCCCGGAAGCCCCAUAGGAGUUAUGGAUGUGUCAUUCAGUUCUGAUAGCUCCAAUGACUCGUGGGCGGUGGCUGCAUCCGUUUCUUCUUCACCCGAGCCAUCGUCAAAGAAGAUUAGAACAAAUGAGAAGGAAAAAUGAUGUUGCAUAUGGCACGAGAUGAUAAAGAGAGAGCUUUUAUCCCUACAUAGAAUCUGAGUAGUAGACAAUGCAGUUGCCAAUACCCUUAAAAUCAAUCAAUGGAUUCUCAAACUUGUCUAUGAACUAGUUUUUCCUAAGGAAACUAUUUGGAUAUCAAUUAGUUACACAUCUAUUGUGUCCAAUAACAUUGUGUUCUCAUUAUAAUUCAUAAGUUAAAUUGCUCAUAAUCA